AUGUUAUCGAGACGCAUGGUAAGAUGAAGCUCACAAGCAUGACAGAAGCUUUCGCUAAUCCUCUAGCUCUCGCGUGAGGAGGAAGACGAGAUCGGCGAGGAGAAAGAGGUCCGCCGGGAAGACCAAGAGAAGAUCAAUCGCUUCAGCCGGCUUCAUUCCCGCGAGAAGACGCUUGAGGACGAGUUGAAGACCAUGCAGGUGUGCGAUCGGUGCUUCAACGAGUGCACAACCAUCGCAAUCCGCUGACGAACUCCAGAAAGACAAAGAAGACCUCGAAGAGAUCUCGACAGAACUGGAACUGGCAGACGAAGACGAGAAAGCCCCGUACGAUGCCCCGUCACCACGACACGAUGCUGUUAUUGGCGUUUGCUGAUCGGAGUAGGUACAAGAUCGGUGACACGUUCUUCAACCUCCCGGUUCCAGAAGUGCAGGAGCUCCUGUCUGCGUCUGUGGAGCGCAUAGAUGGGGAUGUCUCUGCCGUGGAGGACAAGCUGGGCGAACUGCGAGAAGAAAUGCAGGAAUUGAAGGCCGCUCUUUACGGCCGCUUCGGAAAGAGCAUCAAUCUUGAAGCAUGA